UUGGGUGACGUCAUCGGGUUCUAUGAGGUGUUGUCUGCCUGAAUAAUGGAGGUAGAAGAGGAAAGGCCUGCGUGCAUCAGGUCAUAAGGGUCCAUUUAGCGUUAUCCCGGACCUCCACGUAGCAAGUGAAAAUUCGGCAUUUCAUGUAGAGCAAAUUGUGGCCUGUCGGACGGUGCUGGCAGCAAAUGUUGCAGGAGUGCUGGCAUCUCAUGUAGAAGUGUGGCUGUUGUUGGAGAAGAAAACAACAUGGCUGCGGUGGAGUUAGAAUGGAUCCCAGAAUCACUGUAUAACACUGCUAUCUCCGUCGUGGUGGACAAUUACAGCCGAUCGAGGAAGGACAUACGCUCGCUCCCGGAAAACAUCCAGUUCGAUGUCUAUUAUAAGCUUUACCAGCAGGGUAGGCUAUGUCAGCUGGGAGGGGAGUUUUGUGACCUGGAAGUCUUUGCUAAAGUUCUUCGGGCUUCAGACAAGAGGCACCUCCUCCACCACUGCUUCCAGGCCUUAAUGGACCAUGGGGUGAAAGUUGCCUCAGUGCUGGCCAAUUCCUUCAGCCGCCGCUGCUCCUACAUUGCAGAGUCUCAAAUCCACGUCAAAGAGAAGGCCAUCCAGUUUGGCUUUGUGUUGGGGGGUUUCUUGUCAGAUGCAGGCUGGUAUGGAGAUGCAGAGAAAGUGUUUCUUUCCUGCUUGCAGCUCUGUGCACUCCACAGUGAGGUGCUCCACUGCUACAGGGCCGUGGAAUGUUGUGUCAGGAUCCUUCAUGUGCGCAAUGGCAAUUGUAAAUACCACCUGGGGGAAGAGACCUUCAAGCUUGCUCAGUCUCAUAUGGAGAAGUUAGCCAAACAUGGCCACCAGGCCAACAAGGCAGCAUUGUACGGCGAGCUUUGUGCCUUGCUUUUUGCCAAAAGUCAUUAUGAUGAGGCAUACCGAUGGUGUAUAGAGGCCAUGAAGGAAAUUACUCCAGGCCUCCCAGUUAAAGUAGUGGUCGAUGUCCUUCGCCAAGCCUCCAAGGCUUGUGUGGUGAAGAGAGAGUUCAGGAAAGCAGAACAGUUGAUUAAACAUGCCGUGUUUCUUGCAAGGGAACACUUUGGGCACAAGCACCCUAAAUACUCUGACACUCUUCUGGAUUACGGAUUUUACUUAUUAAAUGUAGACAAUAUAUGCCAGUCUGUCGCUAUUUACCAGACAGCGCUGGACAUCAGACAGUCUGUGUUUGGAGGAAAGAACAUCCAUGUUGCCACAGCCCAUGAAGACCUGGCCUAUUCCUCAUAUGUCCACCAGUACAGCUCUGGGAAGUUUGAUAAUGCUCUAUUCCAUGCAGAACGUGCCAUAGACAUCAUUACUCACAUUCUGCCUGAAGACCAUCUGCUCCUGGCGUCCUCCAAGAGAGUGAAAGCUCUAAUCCUGGAAGAAAUUGCCAUUGAUUGCCACAACAAAGAGACAGAAGAGCGCCUCCUGCAGGAGGCCCAUGACCUGCACCUGUCCUCGUUGCAGCUAGCAAAGAAGGCCUUUGGAGAGUUCAACGUGCAGACAGCCAAACAUUAUGGCAACCUAGGACGACUCUACCAAUCCAUGAGAAAGUUCAAGGAAGCCGAGGAGAUGCACAUCAAAGCCAUCCAGAUUAAGGAGCAGCUUCUGGGCCAUGAGGACUACGAGGUGGCGCUCUCCGUGGGUCACCUGGCCUCCCUUUACAACUACGACAUGAACCAGUAUGACGAUGCAGAGAGGCUCUACCUGCGCUCCAUUGCUAUCGGAAAGAAGCUGUUUGGAGAAGGCUACAGCGGCUUGGAGUACGACUACAGAGGCCUCAUCAAACUCUACAACUCUGUGGGUAACUAUGAGAAGGUAUUUGAAUACCACAAUAUUUUAUCCAACUGGAACCGACUGAGGGACCGACAGUUUGCCGUGGCGGACGCCCUUGAGGAUGUCAACACCACGCCCCUGCAGACCCAGGAAGUGGUUCAAGCUUUCCUAUUGGCUCAAAGCUUACUCCACAAAACCCCAAUUCAGCCAAGCCUUGGGUGACGUCUUACGGAAGAAAAAGACACGUGGCUUGAAGACCAGAGAGGACAUCAAGCAGGUACAAAGAUGCCUCUGUUGCAAGUGCUGCUUUCAGAGCCGUUAUCUGGUGUAGAUGAUUGACUGCACACGGACACACGCUGAUAAAUGUACCCAUGCAAUCAUACAAAUUAAACUAUGUCACUGCCCAAUUGUCGAAACAAACCUUGUUGCGUCUCACGGCAUCUGUAAGAAUCAUGCGUCCUGAAGGAUGUCCACACCAACACCCACAUUUCAUUUCAAAAGGUCAAAGUUGAUUUUAUUCUCAUUCUAACAUGUCAUGAAGAACCAAACACCACCCUGUGGUCCCGGUGGACAGCGUAGAUACAAACGGUACCAAACGCAGUAUUAAAUAGCAAUAGCAGCAGGGUUUAAUAACACAAUCAUCCCGCAUUUACUAACAAAAGUACGCCUCCUGUAUGGAGUUAAAGAGAUGCCCUUUGGCCGUGUUAUUAGCCUGAGACUUAAAAGUAGUUGGUAAAACGUCAAUGGAAUUAAUGAUUGACUGGGAGCUUCAUAUGAAAUUUGAUGGCAAACUUCCUCCCGGCCAUUUACUGCUCCGUCAGCAGUGAGGGAAUGACUGUUGUCUUCAUUCCUGGUUCUGUGAUGGUGCAAAUGGUGUAAAUCCGUCUAACAGGGAGCGAAAAGCCUACAGGACUGGUACUUUCUUCAGAUCAUUUUCUUAUUACAUACAAAAACUCUAUUAUUGAACAGUUAAUUGGUUCCAGACCAGACUGUCAGAAGUGAUUUUCUGUGAAGUAGAAGAGUCCUUAGUUAUAAAUGUAGUAUACAAAACCUGUUUACCACCGUCUAUAUACAGUACACUUUUUAGCAUUAUUAGAGCCCUCUAGACAUGAAAUAACACCCCUAUAGUCAUAUUUCAACUCCUAUAACCAAAUGUAGUCAACAUAAUAGGAGAAAAUGAGACCUCUGCUGGUGCGUGUUGCUGUAAAUGUCUUCUGGUGCUAUAAUGUGCAACCAAGUCAGCUGAGGCUGCUUUCCAGGCUUCUGAUUGGACAAAAUCAACAUGACAGCCAGUGAAUGUUUUUAUGUGGAUAACUUUUUUUGGGUUUUGUUUUAACUCCACCAUAGUGAAAAUGUGCCUUUUUGAAAAUAUACGUGUUGGUGUGGACAUGCCUGAGAAGAGCUGGUGGAAAGGGUUUAGAAGAUGAAUGGUGCCUUCCAAAAGGCACAAUUACACACACACUAAGAUUGACAAGCAGCCAGUGCCUCAUGUCCAACCCGCUGCUGUUCUUUCCCAAAGAACAAAUCACCACUUCAUAAAACGAAAUUUGAGCUGGCCUUUCGGCUUUCUAUGAGGACCACUACAACGUCUCACUUUGGAUGCAUGGAACCUUCAAGGAAAAGUGUACUUUCUGGAAUAUUGUCCAUCAUCAUCUUUCUCUUUUCUGUGUGUUCUAAACAUAUAAAACAGCUAAGAAGAGGGCGGUAAUUCAUGCACAUAAUGGGACACACCUAUUCUGCCUAGAAAGGCUGCAACUAAAACACCUCCAACAAGGCUUUAUGGUUUUAUAGCCAUUGUAAUGACAGGUACAUUCAUGAUGACAUGUCAUACUUACAGUAUUUUGCUCUUUUUAAGCAUUAGCGGAACUUCCUUCUUGGGUUGUGAUGGAAAGCUACACCUAGCAUUAACUUUUUCAAACAGUGGCGACUCCUAUAUGUAGUGUUACCUAUGGUGAAGCUCAUCGUGAGGCCGUGUGGCGAGAUGUCACUACGCCAGUAAAGUAGUUCUUGGGUGUAACAAUGUUAAGUAAUGUGCAGGUUGUCUUAUGUCAAAGGAGCCUUGUUGUUGCUUGUUUGGUGCUUUUCAGAAUAGGCGUGUCCCUUUUACGUGCAUUAAUGAUCUGCCUCUUUUUAGCUGUUUUUACGUCUUAAGCACACACACGAGAGAAAGAUGUGCGUUCAUGUCUCACAUGAUGGGCAAAAUUCCCCCCAAAGUUGCACUUUUCCUUUUUAAAUGUCCUGCUAAGCGCAUUUUCAAAGAUAAACACAAAGAUCCUGCUGCCUCACACAAUGAGUUUCAGCCUGCCUAAACUUGGCAGGUCAGAGCUCAACAUGCUGACUCUUUGGGAAGUAACAUGAACGUAUUUGCAACAUGACAGCACAGUUUGUUUCCCCGACCCGGUACAUGAAAUCAUGACAUUGCAAACAUGGGAGUAAAUACGAGCUUCCGUACAUUAGGAAGGUUAGUAUUUGAUGCCCUGCUGAUCCCUCACACAAUCAGCAGAGGAUGAAAUAUCACGGUGUAUGCCUGCCUUUGUACUUUGCUUACUGGAUGAGGCGUCCAUUGUGAACGAAGACUUAUUUAAAAAGUGUGUAGUGCUAUGUGUACAGUCUUAUGUUAACACUGUGAAAAUGUUAUCUUUAUUUAGAUUUGAGUUUAUAGCCGUAGAUCAGGAUAUAUACACAACGAUGGAUGCCCAAGUGUUCACUGAUGCGUACCAGCAUUCACCAGCUUGCUGUUAUUUGUCUGUCAGACAGAACCAUACUUAAAAGUGCUAAAUAAACCAUAUACUUUCAUUCAUAUGUGGGGGUGUGACUCACACACACACA